GAGAGUCCCGGAACAAGACCCGAGCCUCACCUGAGUCUCACCUGCGCCAGGAUCUGAACCGGACUAACGCGGGUCUCAGGAUCUGAACCGGACUAACGCGGGUCUCAGGAUCUGAACCGGACUAACGCGGGUCUCAGGAUCUGAACCGGACUAACGCGGGUCUGUUAUGGGGAUCUCCGGGUCCUCUCUGUUGGACGAGAGCAAGAGCGCGUCCAUCCGAGGUGAGGCGGAGGCGGAGCUCCGGCGCUUCACUCCGUUCUACAGGAGGCAGUUCUUCGUGGCUCGGUUCUGUCAGGCUCAGAACGACGUGGAACAACUGCGGGAACAAACCACACAACUGCUCAAACAGAAGGCGCCCCCUGAAGGCGGAGAGGUGCUCUACGAGGACGCCCUGUUUUAUUUUGACGAGACGCGAAAAUGGAGAGAAAGAUACGUCGUAAUGAGAGCAAACUACAUCCUGGAGUGUCACGAGAACAUCGAGACUUUCCUGAAGGGGGCGCCACCGCACCACAGACUGCUGCCCACAGGGGGCGCUGUGCUGACCACAGAGGAGAGAUACAUGGAGCUGGUGGACAGAUGCUUCCCCGAUGACUCCAGUGCUCAGGAGGACUUUGCCCCGCCCCUUUCCUCGAUGCCGGGGCAGUUUCCUGUUUACCUGCGGUUGCCGUAUCGACGGGACUCGUACUUCUGCUUCAAACAACAACAGAGACAGGAGAAGUUUCUGUCUGCUCUGACGAGCUGUGUACGACACCAGAACCAAGACUUCCUGAAGAAAAGCUCUUUUGAGGUUAAAGGUUUCGUCAAAGCCGUUCAGUUUUACAGAGAAUCUCAGGGAAGCUACGGGAACUGGGACAUGCUGAUCGGGAGUGACGUCAGGGUUCUCUCUAACUCGGUGAUGGAGCGUCUUCUUGUCGUUCUGGAGAAAGAUCUGCUCCCGAAACUCAAGGCCAAGAAGAACGAGAAGAAACGAGUGUGGUUCGCUACGGUGGAGGCGGCGUAUGUGCUGGUGCAGGAGACACUUCUGGAGGGACUUUCGUCUCUGAAGGACGAGCUCAGGACGAGUCUCAGGCAGAAGGAGGUCCAGAUCCACUCAGACAUGGACCAGAUCCAGAGGAGCAGAGAACAGCUGAAGGAGCGAGUCCAAGCGGUGGUGGUUCCUCCUGCUGAGGGUCUCGUCUCACAGGAGGUGCAGCCGUACCUGAGCUCCGUCCUGGAGGAGCUCAUGGAGCCCGUCAGCCGCGGCUUCUCCCAGGGACGAGAGCUGUGUGCGGGGAUGAUGGACCAGGUCAGAGAGGAGGUCCUCCGGGGAGUGGACCGAGAGACACUCAGGGAGGCGCUCCUGUCCAUGUCCCGUCCUCGCCUGGAAGACAGUUUUCAUUCCAUCGGGUUUCUCGAGGAGCGGCUGAAGCGUCUCAGAGACAGAUUUGGCUUCAAGAACCUGACAGGAGUCGUCCACAGCGUCCAGAUCGACCUCCAACAGUUGAUGGAAAACGCCGCCUUCACGUUUGAGACUCUUCUGCACAAAGUUCUGGAGGACGAUCAGGACGACGCCGCGUCUUCCAUCGACAAGGCCCGACAUCGCGUCCUCAAGCAAUUCGACUACGACAGCAGCUCCAUGAGGAAGAGGAUCUGUGAGGAGGCGCUGGUCCAAAUCACACUGCCCUACCUCAAAGAACACCUGCAGGAGCAACGCAAACAGCUCAAGGACGCAGAGGAGAACGUGCCCCUCGAUCACUGCGACUUCAUUGAUAUCGAGAACAUUUACCAAGACGUUCUACUCAGUAUUCUCCACAAAGAGGUCUCGAGAGUUCUCAAAGAGGCGGUGAGUUUGCAGAAGUACAACCUGUUUAACGACAGCAGAGACUUACUGAGUCACUCUAGUCUGUCUUCUACCGGAUCCGCCCCUGCAAGCCCCGCCCUCUCGUCCGCAUCAUCUCUCUGUGCGUCCAAUCACGGCCUUUCCCCCGCGACCCUGCCCCACACGCCCACCGGGACCCAGGAAGCACGGGGCGCCGCAGAUCUGGCAGGCGCCCAAACUGUGGAGACCAAUGGGGACAAAAUGGCUGCCGUAGCGGGAAACACGAAUCCAGAAAGCGUCGCAAAUGGACGACAGGAAGCUAAAGUGAUGGUGGAGGAGAUCAGUGACAUUUCAGAGGAAACGGGAAAUGAAAUCCAAUUGAAAACUCAGGAGAAAGAAGCAAACAAAAUGGUGAAAAAUGCAGAAACUUUAGUCACAAAAGAGGUGAAUGACGCACAUCCGGCGGAAAACAACACCAUGUCCAAACUCGGAGAGAACGUUCAGGAGGCUGCGCAGAUUGUGGCUGGAGCUGAAACAUCUGAACUUCCAGAUGAAGUUUUUGACCAAAAAGAAGAAAAGGAGGAGUCAGAAACAGCUAAGGUUCAAAAACAAGAAGUCACUCCAGCCACAAAUGAAGAGAUCCUCAAACUUAAGACGGAGAUGAACCUGGAAUCUCAAAGUCCAGGAGAGAAAUUUGAGGAAAAUGUUUCAAAUGAAGCUGUGGAAAAUCGGGGCGAAGACAAAGUGACGGCAAAGAAUGAUUCAGAAAACAAAAUGGCCGAAAAUCGAGAUGUUGGUGAAGCUCCUGAGUCUGAAACAGGAAAUGCACAGGGACAGGAAGUACAGGGACAGGAAGUACAGGGACAGGAAGUACAGGGACAGGCAGCAGUGCUCUCUGGUGGUGAGGAGGAAGAGGAGGGCAGCGAUGAUGAAGGCUCCACCACAUCAGACGUCCUGGAGGAAAACAGCCAAUCACCGCUCAGCUCUGAGGAGGUCGACCAAUGGGAGGAGAGGAGCCGUGUGGCGCCGGAGAUCAGUGAAGAACCAGAGCGCCCCCUGGAGGGAGGAGAGGGAGAGGAGCGCCCCCUGGAGGGAGGAGAGGGAGAGGAGCGCCCCCUGGACUGUAUCAGAGUGAUCCGGGAGCUGGUACAGGAGGUGAUUGAGGUGGAAGACCUCGCCCAGAGAUAUCCCUCAGGAGUCCCUGUGGAGGUCCAGAGUCCAGACCAGGACCAGGACUAAACCAGGACUAAACCAGGACUAAACCAGGACUGACCCAGGACUGACCCAGGACUGACCCAGGACUGACCUCAGCCCUGUCUGUGGAGACUCACACCUGCCCCCUGUGGCUCAGAGGUAGAGCUGCAGCGCCUCAUUUUUCCUCAGGUUCUGCCACAAACACCAGCUCAGACUGGAGCCUGUGCAAGUGUUUAUUUAUUUAUUUUUGACAAUUUUGGUUUUUUUUUCUGAAUCAGGUUCAACCUCAGGUCAGGGUCAGGGUCAGAGUUGCUAACAGGGUCUUAGCUGAACUGUUGGGUAAAUAUCCCGCUGCAGCACAUAUAUGACCCCUGACCUUUGACCUCGUCACUGCACCAGGCCAAAGUCAAACUCGUCUUUUCUUUUCAAACUCUUUUGUUUUUGGUGAUGUCACUUCUUGUUCUUCAUUUAAAGUGUGAAACUUUUGACACGUUUAUUUUGUUCCAUCAUUUUGUCCUUUUCUGAUUUAAAUAAAUGUAUUUUUCUUGCUCUGAUUAAACCUGAGCCCUGCCUCAUACACAGCGCCCCCUGGUGCUGCUGCUGUGCCUUUCUGCUAUAAAGGUUUUAUUUUAAUAAUAUUUUAAUGUUUCUCAAAAUUGAUUUUUGUCGAUUUUAGUAAAAGGGAAGUUUGAAAAAUAAAAUAUUUAAAUCAGACAAAUGUAGAAAAAUAUGAUAUAGUUUGAAUAAAACUGAUUAAACACC